AUGGCGCACUCUUUAUCUUUUGCUCCUAUCUGUUCCCUGAAAUCUUCAAACACACCUGGAGCUCUUAUCGGUAAUUCGGUUACCCGAAAGGCUUUUUCGAUGAAGGAUGUUUGUCUAAAUUCUAAAGUUAGAAACUUUGAGUCUUUGGAAGUUAAGGCUACUGGAGAUAGUACUCCAGUGACAAAAGCAAGGAGCAUUGUUUGUCCUGAUUGUGAUGGAAACGGUGCAAUAUUAUGUACUCAAUGUGAAGGUGGUGGAGUUAAUUUGAUUGAUCAUUAUAACGGACGAUUUAAAGCUGGUGGAUUAUGCUGGUUAUGCAGAGGUAAAAAGGAUAUUUUGUGUGGAAGCUGUAAUGGAGCUGGCUUUAUAGGUGGAUUCAUGAGCACAUUUGAUGAAUAG